AUGGAGAGGUGUAUAGUCCCCGAAACGUUUUCUAGCCAUUACAAUGCCUUCUUCGCGAAAACAAUGGGCGUCGCAGGGGUCAGGCAACACGGAGGCCGACUGCCCAGGCUAUCAUCGUCGGUCGCCGGCGACCUGUACCCCGCCAAGAAGAUGCAUCUAAGCGCGAACGAAGGGAUCGAGGACGUGUGGUUCGCGGUGACGGGCGGUCAGGGCUUCGUCAGAGCUGCCCUCUACCUCGAGCUACUCCGCCGCGGCACCCGCGAGGUCCAGUCCCUCGACCUCCACGCCUCCUCCUCCUGGUCCCAGCAGCACCUCGACGCCGGCGUCCGCAUCAUCCAAGGUCAUGUCAAGGAAGAGCAGGACUACGUGAUCGGGAGGAGGAAGAGGUGA